AUGCCUCCUGUAGACCUCAAUGGAAAUACAUGUCCUCCGGGAGCUGCUGUGCAUGACAGCCAUAUUCAAGGUCUGUCCAGAAAGGUCAUACUGACCGACCUGAACUCCUCUCUACCCGCCGACUUCUACCACUCCCCGGCCAUCUAUCAACUGGAACGACGCUCGUUAUUCUCGAAGCGCUGGUUCCUCGUCUCCCAUAAGGCUCGACACCGCGAUGUCGGCGACUUCGUGCAAUAUGAGAUGGCCGGCUUCAAUUUCGUCGUGGUCAAGAACAAGGAAGGCAAUCUCGUUGGCUUCCACAACGUUUGCAGGCAUCGCGCCUUUCCCGUGGUCCAAGAGACGAGCGGCACAGCCAGAGUCUUGUCGUGCAAAUAUCACGGAUGGUCCUACGACUUGAACGGUAAAUUGACCAAAGCUCCACGCUUCACGCCUGAAUCCAUACCUGCAUUCGACCCAUCCACCAUUCAACUCUUCCCAAUCCACGUCCACAUCGAUGCCAACGGGUUCGUCUACGUCAAUCUUGACGCAAAUCCCGAGCCGGAAAUUUCCUGGCACGCCCAAUACGGCCAGCUUGACCGUCAAGAACGUCUGGUCAAUUCCGGUAUCGACUGGGACGCCGUCGAAUACGACUUCACAUGGACCAAGGACGGCACCUUCAACUGGAAAGUCAUGCAGGACAAUUACAACGAGUGCUACCACUGUCUCACCGCACACCCGGACGUCGCCAAAACCACCGACCUAGACACGUACUACGUCUCCCCCAGCCCAUCGUCACACGAAUACAUAGCACACUUCAACGAGCCCAAGGCUUCCAUCCUCGCCAACACUACCACCACCACCACCACCACCACCACCCAGUCUUCAAGCUUCGACGCCACACGCUUCGCAGGACGCUCACAGACGCACGUCUUCCCCGGCGGCCACUUCUCACCCAACCCGGGCACCGGUUUCAUGCAUCUGAUGCGCUCCGUACCGACCUCUGCAACGACAACGCGCCAGGAAUACGACGUGUACAGACUCAACACGCCACACGCGAGUCCCAGAGCGCACGAGCGCAUGACAAAUUUCUACCGGAAAGUCGUGGACGAGGACUUCGAGCUGUGCGAGAAAGUCCAGAAGAAUCUUGAGCGCGGAGUCUUCGAGACCGGACCAUUGCAUCCAUUUCACGAAGAAGGUGUGCAUGCUUUUCAGGGCAUGGUCCUAAGAGCGUUGAGGGAGCAAGCCCAAGCCGAGGAACAUGCUGGGGAGGAAAUCUGGGCGGCCAAGCCUAAGAACCAGAGCUUCGCGAAGACUGGUAUACCCCAGAAUACGGUCGACGAACAGAGCCAAGGCCGGAACGUGUGCGAGAUCAUGCUGGGCUGUCGGAAAUCGAGGCUGAGAGGCGUGGAAUGGUGAAGAGCUCCUGAGAGUUUGAAAGGGUCCCCGCAUAAAGAUCUUGAUCUUUCACUGA